AUGGCAACGUCAGUCCAGACUCUCCCUCUGACCCGCGGCCCCAGCAAAAACUUCCGCAACCCCUUCCCAGUCCCACCCCUCUCCUCCCGUUGCGGCAUGGGAAGUGUUGGCAGUCUGGUUGAGAGGCCAGAUGUUUCUCCGACCAAAGGCAGCCGUGCUGUGCCCCAGGUGAGACCCAAACAGACCAACGGCCUCCUGAAGAAAGGCUUCACCCAGAGAGAGCUACUCAAUUACCUCAACAUCACCAGGUGAGUACUCUUGUAGAGAAACAGAUACAUGUCCUGCUAGGGGAUUUACAAGAUGCUCUUAAACAUGACAGGGCUUGACCUCAGUUUCUCUUCUUUUCAAAGGAAAGAGCCUAAAGCAAGCCAAAGCAGUGAGGGCAAGAAGGACAUACUCUCCGGCCUUAGCUCCACAAGUGGCCGAGAGGAGGAGAACUUAUACGCUAAGGUGUACAAUAAAGAUGGCACUGAAGUGGACCUGAGUAAAAAUUCUCUGCCAAGUUCGGGCAAGUAUGAAAAGGUAAAUAUAGUCAUUUUUUCAUAACUUACAUAAUAGACUUUCUCAAUUGUAUGUACUAGAACUUGAUUUUGCCUUUAAAGUCACUUCAUAUCACUUAAUCACCUCCCUCAACCUUAAAAUGUUAAAUUUUUUGGUUGGUUAAAGUCUUCUUUCAAGGAGACUCAUUCAUUGUUUCAGGCACAUAUUAAGAUCAGUGACUUUAUAGAUUAAAUAUGUCCAUGUGCAGCUGAUCAAGCUGUGUUAAAUUGGUCUGUGCUUCAUUCACACAACGUUGGCAGUGUGAUGAAACAACCACAGUGAGCAGCAUCUUAGCUGCAUAAAUCAACUUUAUUCUCUUCCAGCUCACCAGCAUAGAUUGAAAAUCUACAGCUCUCUCAGUCUUGAAUUUAUUGCAGCAAUAAAAUCUCACCUUUUUUGCUUGAAUUGAUCAAUGCUAAGAACACAACGGGUGGAACAGUAUUGAUUUAAUAGAAACAUAGAGAUUUAUGCUCCAUAGCACAGCCCCUCUUCACUAUGACAAGCUUGUUUCUCAGUUGCUUUCUGUAAUCGUUGCAUCCUCCUAAAGUGCCCUGAACUUUUAAAAACUUUUUUCCCCAGGCUCGUUUUCGAUCCUCUGCCUUCAAGCCUGUCACCCCUAAAAAUUUCAGCUCCAUGCAAAACCUCUACCCAUCGAAGUCGGAGGAUGUGGACCAUGGCUUGUCCAAUGGACUACACCGAUCUUACGCACAUGUCCCUAAAGCUGUCUCCACCUCCUCCUCCUCUUCCUCACCAUCCCGCCAUGGAGGACCAACAUCCAGCGGUAACAAGGUAACAUAACACAUAAUCAUAAAGCCUUCACCAGAAUAUCAUUAGAGGUUUUAACAGACCUUAGUUAGGGCUGGGCGAUAAAACGAUAACAAUAUACAGUACAGGCCAAGGGUUUGGACACACCUUCUCAUUCAAUGUCUUUUCUUUAUUUUUUUAUAUGAUUAUUUACAUUGUAGAUUAUCACUGAAGGCAUCGAAACUAUGAAUGAACACAUGUAGAAUUUUGUACUUAUAAAAAAGUGUGAAAUAACUGAAAACAUGUUUUAUAUUCUAGUUUCUUUAAAAUAGCCACCCUUUGCUCUUGAUGACAUAAGUACUUAGUAACCCUGACAGGGCACACCUGUGAAAUAAAAACCAUUUCAGGUGACUACCUCAUGAAGCUCAUUGAGAGAACAGCAAAAGUUUGCAGCGCUAUCAAAAAAGCAAAGGGUGGCUACUUUGAGGAAUCUAAAACACAAUACAUAUUUUUAGUUAUUUUACUGUUUUUUCUUAAGCACAUGAUUCCACAUGUGUUCAUUCAUAGUUUUGAUGCCUUCACUGAGAAUCUACAAUUUAAAUAGUAAUGAGAAUAAAGAAAAUGCGUUGAAUGAGAAGGUGUGUCCAAACUUUUGGCCUGUACUGUAUCAAAAAUUAAUUUCCCUCAAUAUCAAUAUAAAACAUGGUCAAUGGUCUUUUCGAUAGUCUGCGAAUAGCCAAUGAAAAGGGGAGUUGCUCCGGGUCCACUUCAUCACAUGCUGAAUUAGAACCAAGUAGCAAACAACUGCGUAGUAGCAGGCUGCAGCUACACGCAACCAUAGCACUUUAACAGCACUGUCGGUGAGAAAAAAAGAAAAUGAGUGCUACCCGCGGCGGAAAUGCAAAUGAAGGCUCAACAGAUGAUGACAUCAUCGACAAAACUGGCACGAAAUCGUCUGUGGUCAGGAGGUAUUUUGGUUUUUGAGGUCAGACAUGAAGCAGAGUAAUGUGCACUGUAAAUUAUGUCAAGUACGUGUUCUCACAAAGUCGGGGAAUACCUCAAAUCUUUUUCACCACCUGAAGCAGUGCCACGUGGCAGGGCAUGCGCAAUGCAAAAGGUUACAAACUCCGAGCGGAGCGAGGAGCCCAUGGUGCCUGUGCAGCCGACCAUUCAGUCUGGUUUCUCUAGCUUAACGGCUUACGACAAAACGUUAAAGAGACACAAAGACCUCACAGAUGCAGUAGGUUAUUGUAUUGCAAAAGACAUGCUACCAGUAAGCACUGUUAAAUUUCAUUUUUUAUAUCGUGAUAGAUAUCGAUAUAGACUAAUAUGAAAAAAUAUAUUGUGAUAAACUUUUAUCCCAUAUCGCCCAGCCCUAUCUUUGGUUAAACCUGUUGAGCUGUUAGUAGGGAAUAACUGAGUCAGUGUUGGAUCCUGGAUGUCUGCGCAUGAAAAAACGACUCAUAAUAUGCUAUUAUAUUCAGCCUCAAUUUGUAGCUGUAAUCUGUUUUUCUCAACCUCUUAUUUUUCACAAUGAAUAAAACUGUAUAAUUUUGACUGUGUAGGCUGUCUCUUCUGUGCGUGGGAUGAGCCAGGAGGAUGAUAACCUGUCAGACUCAGGCCAUAACUCCAUGAGCAGCUUGCCGCCGUACCGUCCACCAUUCCGCCCACACCUGGCUCACAUCAGGUCUGCAGCUCUACUUGAUAUUCAGAGUUGUUGUAAUUGACUUUUUGUGCUUAAUUACCGUGUAGGUAGUGAUGAUGUAAGACUUGAAUUGUUUCCUUUUUUACUUCAGUGCAUCGAUGGGCCACAUCAACACCAUCGGAUCCCUGGACAGAACCUCUCUGAGCCCAAAGAUUGUAGGGUCAGGGGGCGUGGCUAUAGGAGAGAUGGCCUGUCGGAGUAUGGCCACGCUGAGUCGUCUGGCGCCGUAUGGAGGAGAGGCUCCACCUCCCUAUGAAUGGACACUGUCUCUGUCAGUUGAGGAAGUGGUGAGUACAGAGCAUAUGGAUGUACUGAGUAGAUCAGUGUGGAUAACAGAUUGGUAAAUCAUUUAUGUUGGCCCCUCUAGGUUCGGGAUCUGGAAGAGCGCCUUGUGGAGAAAGAGCAUGAGCUAAAACAGAUGAAAAGAAACCUGGAUGAGAGCGAGGGAGCCAUCGCUCAGGUGGGUUUGUCCUUCAUCAUUUAUCCUUACAGAUGUCUGCCUCUCUUUGAAGUCUGACCCCCAUCUGUCCGCCGCAUGCAGGUGUUUGAAGGCAAACAGCGUCUGUGGGAGAAGGAGGUGGAGGAGCUUAAGCGCCUCUAUGCUGCCAAGCUGCGUCAGGUUUCCCAGCAUGCGCAGCGUUCACAGCGCAACCUGCAGUUGCAGCUGUUCAAGGCCCAACAGGAGAAGAGCCGACUGCAAGAAGAGCUGGAUGGCCUGAAGAGGGAGAGGAGCCAGGAGGUUGGCGCCAUAAUGAAGCCAACUAGCCCUACUCUGGAAGAGACGCAGUGGGAGGUGAGGCCUUGGAAAGUCAGCGGGGAAACACUUUAUGGCAGGGAGACAGACUGACUGAAAAGUAGUAAUUACAGGGCAGAGAGGAGAUAACUGAAUUCCUUCCUACUUUGUCCUGUUAAAAUGAUCCGAACAAGGCCCACAGAGACAGUAAAAAUGAAUCCUCUUCCAUGCCCCCUUUUUUCCUGUUUUCUACCUCUCAGGUUUGCCAGAAGUCAGGAGAGAUCUCCUUGUUGAAGCAGCAGCUAAGGGACUCCCAGGCAGAGGUGACCCAGAAACUGAGCGAGCUCUUCCAGCUGAAGACGCAGCUCAGGGAGACACGAACUGAGCUGCGCAACAGGGACGGCCAGAUAGAAGCUCUAAAGCUGGUCCUGCAGGGGACACAGCGGCGUAGAGUCCUCUCCCAGACUAUACAUGAUGAUGGAAAAGUAUCUGAAGAGAGUCCCUCAGCUGGAGCAGCAGGUAGUUUUGUGUACCCGUGUCUCUCUUUUGUGAAUGUACCUCUGUCCAUAUUUGAAGUGCACAUUGUGUUGGCUAACAGGGAUACACCUCCAAUUAGUCAUGCAUAGGAGCCACAAUCACAGUCAGGGUUUGUUAACCAUCCUCUAGAUUUACAUUUGUAAAUUAAAAUGAUCAAAAUUCAACCAGAGAAAAUCAUGGUUAGAUUUGGAGUACUUUAAAGUUGUUUAAACACAAGCAUACACCAAAACUUCAUGCACGGAAAGCUGACAUAAAAAAAAGUGAGAAAGAUAAUUAUGUGCUGCAGAUAUCUGCCCAACAUCACAGUAAGGAAGGCAUCUAAUCUGGGUUUCUUAUCAGGACAGCAGGAGCUUGUCUGGGCUAUUUAAGGUUUUCUGUUUACAUGCUUGGACCAAAAAUCCAGUUAUUUCACUAACCAGGUCAGGAGCAGAGUUCUCUGCUCUUUUAAAAAGCAGCUCAUGUCUUUCAUUAUAUUUCCCCUCCGGCUCUAUGAACUUUAAGUUAAAGCCAUGUGAACCUUGUUGCAGGAGGAUGCGGGGGCCCGACGGAGGAGCGUCUGCGCGCUGAGCUCCUGCUGGAGCGACGCCAGAGCGAGGCCCAGGCCAUGGCUUUUGAGGAGGAGAGGAAGACAUGGCAGACAGAAAAGGAUAAGGUCAUCCGCUACCAGAAGGAGCUGCAGGCCAGCUACUUGGACAUGUAUUACCGCAAUGAAGAGCUGGAGAGGGAACUGCAUCAGCUGAGGGUGGGCAGACAGCAAGGAGAGGGAGGAGCAGGAGGAGGAGGGGGCAGUAGAAAUGGGACACUGGAAAAAGAAGAACCAGACCUGAGGAGUGAGAGGGAGGACGAAAAACAAGAGGAGAGACCUGCCUCUGGUUUGCCCUGGAUAGAGAGAAUUGAAUCAUCAGAAAUUUGA